AUGAAGGGGGCUCUGGGCAGAAGAGAUUGGCAAAAAUAUUACCGAUACCACCGGGACAUCAGGCACAACACCAAUGAGUGCCGAGCUUUGAAAGAUGUCAUCGAAGACCUGAUACAAAGGGGUCACAUAAAGAAAUUUGUCAAGGAGGCACCAGCUCACAAAAAUACUGGCGAGCAAAAUAACCAGGUCCAGCAGGCCCCGACCAACGCCAACCAUGAGGUCCUAGUGGGUAUGAUCUACGAGGGGCCCGAAAUAGCGAAAAGCUCAAGGCGUGUCCACGAGCAAUAUGCUUGCGAGGCCAAAACAUAUUCGGUCCCCCAGGUAAUGAGCUGCGAAUAUAAGCCGUCAAAGCGGCCCAGACAGGAGAGGGAGGUGGUAGGAUUCACUUUUGAAGAAUGCGAAGAAUCCCUUUGCCAUAAUCAUGAUGCGAUCGUAAUCGCAGCUAGGAUCGACAAUACUAGAAUGUUGAGGGUAAUGGUCGAUAAUGGAAGUGCAACGAACAUCAUCUUCUUGGGAGCCUUCCGAGAGAUAAGAUUCAUAGAGAGGGACAUGAGGGCGUGUCCUUCACCACUCUACAGAUUCACCGGGGAUAGUCUGGUCCCCAAGGGAAUGAUCGACCUUCAUAUGACUCUAAGGGCAUGA